AUACAUUGUUAGAGCAAAUUUAAUCCUCAAUCUAUUCAAAUCUCCAAUAUUUAUUUAUGCUAUUAAUAUCGCUGUAAGGUGGGAGUACGGGGGCUUUGAUAAAGAUCGUAAAAUAUAGAAAAUUUUUGAAGAAUGCAUGUAAAGAUUGCGGUCUUGCUUAUGAUGGUUUGGAUUGCGAAUUGCGAUGCACGCAUAUUCAGUUUCGUUAGAGCAAGUUUUUCAAACUCAGGAAGUCGAUUCUCAAGUGCUAGUGUUCGCACGUUUCCCAAGAUUACACCGAAAAUAGAAUUUCCAAAUCGAUUCUCAAGUGUUCAAUUGUCGAAAGCUCCAUCUGGUGCUCGAUUCAACGGAAACCAAUUCCCAGACACCCUACACUCACGAAACCUAAAGCCAGGAUCUCGGUCCCCAGGAAAACAAAACUCAGGUGAUAUUCCAGGUAUAUUGAAGACAGGAGAUCAUCCGAGAAUUACAAAGCCCAAGGAUUCUACAGGAGUUUCAAAAACCAGAAAACGUCCAGAUGGUGAAAAUCCCGGAGCUCCUCCUCCCGAUUUCAAACCAGCAAAAUCUUCAAAGCCAGAGGACCCUCCAGAAGUUCCAAAGUCAGCAUCAUCCCGAAAGAAAGAUAAACCUAGUGAUGAGAAAAAGAAUAUUAAAGAGGCUGCAGAAGAUAUGGUUGAUAUUCUUGACUUUGAUCUUGAAUAUGAUGACGUCAUGGAGGGUCUAACUGAGAAACCACUUGAUGCUGAUAAAAGACCGCUGGUGAGAGACAAUGAAAGUAGUAGAAAGGACACACAGGAAGGCAAUGUCGGUGUUGAUGAUGAGGAAGAUGAAAUAAAUAGCGAUGAUUUAAGCAACAAUAGGAAAGAUUCAGAUGAUUCAAAUAAAUUUGUUCCCGAAAAAGAACCAAACUCAAAAGAAAAAGAACCGAAAUUGGAUCAAACCUCAAUGUAUCAUUUAGGACAGAUUUCGGCUUAUAUGAAGCAGAUAGAAAGAGCCAUUGAAAAAGCCUUUCGUCAAACUGUCGAAGAUACUGUUUAUGGGAAUGGCACAAUGGAAGUCAAUACUACUUCAGAAGAAGAAGUGGAUGUGAAUGGUCACAAAUACCACGUACAGAAAUCAAUUGUUCAAGCAGGUGAUAACGAUAGCUCGAUUUUCAUUGAAGUCGUCGAAUCGGACCCGGAACCAGAGAGAAAAAAGAGGUCCAACUGGCUUGCAGAGGAAGCUAACAAAGCUAAAAGCACUGAUCCCUAAAAUAUUGGUAAAGUUAGAUAAUUUAAUGAUGGAGACCAUUAAGAAGAACACAGUUCCAUGUCCAACAUUUAGUAAAUUUUUGUCAAAAUUGAAAAUAAAAAACUAUUUUUUAUAUUGAAAA